AUGGGCGCACGUCCUUCGUCGGAAGUGGUUGACGAUGACAGAUUCGUGGAUUACUAUGAGCUCCUGGAAGUUGAACAAGAUGAUUCGAUGGAUGUGAUCCGCAAGUCAUACAGGCGUCUUGCUUUGCGUCUUCACCCUGAUAAGAAUCCUGGUGAGGAGGAAGAGGCCAAGAAAAAGUUUGUUCGGCUCCAAGAGGCUUAUGAUGUACUGAUGGAUGAACAAGAGCGUGCAUGGUACGAUAAGAACCGAGAGAGGCUUGUGAAUGGAGUGGACGAAGACGAAGGCGAGGAAGAUGUAGAUGCAAAGUGCCAGUACUUCAAGUCUGGCGGAGAGGCACCCAAAGCGACAUCUAUGUCUGCUGGCAUCGGUGUGCCGCACCUGCUUCGCUUCCAUGCGCCUUCUCUUGCCAAAGACACGAGCGAUUCUGCAACUUCAUUUUUUGGCACUUUCAGGCGCUUAUUCGAACGUAUAGCGGAGGAAGACUGUGUCGCAUCGCCUUACCCGGGUGAGGAACAUACCGGCGAUGCAGCUGAAUCUUGGCGAGACAACGUCAGCAUGUACCCUUCAUUUGGCCACCCAGAUACCCCAUAUGUUUGUGCUAAUGAAGCGGAUGAGCUAGCAUGUGUGCGUGCCUUUUACCAAUUUUGGAGCUCGUUUUCGAGCCGAAAAUGCUUUGCGUGGAAGGAUGUACAUGAAACGCGACAGGCCAAAGACCGGAGAAUCAAGCGCCUUCUUGAAAAAGAGAACAAGCGUUCUCGCGAUGCUGCACGCCGAGAGUACAAUGAGGCCAUUCACGGACUUGUGACUUUUAUUCGACGUCGCGAUCCACGCGUCAAGGCACAUCACGCUCAGCAGCAAAACAAGGCAUCAAAUGAAGCUGAUCAAAUGUGGCGCCGAGCAGAGGCGAUCAGGAGACAGAAUGAAAAACGGGCACAAGCGGACGCAUUCGAGGCUCAAAGCUGGCAGAUGACGUCUGAUCCGGAAAAUGACAGCGAGUUUGUGGACGAUUUUAGUGACGGUGCAUCGCUAGACGAAGCAUCCGGCGACGAUUCAAUGUGGGACUGCGUGGCAUGCAACAAGCGAUUCCAGUCCCAGGCUGCAUGGUCGAACCAUGAGCGAAGCAAGAAACACAGAAAGGAAGUCGAGCGGCUUAAGCGGGAGAUGCUCGAAGAAGACGAAGAACUCAUCGAGACUAUGCAUGACACCGACGAAAUGCAUGACAUCAAUGCCAAGACCUCUGAUUUGACUCUAGACGAAAGCGCAAAUGAGUUCGCGCCUGCGUCGCGUAAGAAAGACAAAAAGCGACGAAAGCAGCAGAUGAAAAUGGAGGCUGCCAUCACCCCUGAUUCUUUUGCCCAACCAAGGCAUGAAGGAACCGGCUCUGCGGAAGAGAAUCCUAACGACCAUGAACGCCAAACUAUGUUCCAGACUAUGCUACCACAUCUUGCCGAGCUGCCUGUAUAUAAAGAUCGUCCAGCAGGCUCUUUUGAUAUUUUUGGAUAUGGCUCACUGAUCUUCAAGCCGCCGCCGCAUGCUAUCUCCUAUACGCCUGGCUAUAUACAGGGAUAUGUCAGGCGUUUCGCACAGCAUUCUGAAGACCACCGCGGCACGCCUGAGCGUCCUGGUCGUGUAGUCACGCUUGUGUCCGCCGAGCUUUGGCACAGUCUCGCGCAAGCAGACGAAGCACCUGAGGGCGAUAUCGUGUGGGGCAUUAGCUAUACAAUUGACCCUGCCUAUGCUGAAGAAGUUCGUGCGUAUCUCGACCAUCGAGAAAAGAAUGGUUACACACCCUUGUGGGAGCCAAUUUACGGCUACCACGACGGCAAUCGCGAUGCAAGUGAGCCACACAUUCUUAUACCUGAGGCUUUGGUGUAUGUGGGUCUCCCCGAUAACCCCGCUUUCGUUGGUCCGCAGCCACUUGAUGAGCUUGCGCAACGUAUAUAUACUAGUGAGGGACCAAGUGGAAGGAACGAUGAGUAUCUGCUUCGGCUUGCCGACGCCGUGCGCAUUCUGACACCACAAAGUUCCGACCAUCAUUUGUUUGCUUUGGAGGAAAAAGUUCGCGCGCUUCAAGCCAAAGCUGCUGAUCAAAAUGGGCCUGAGACUAAGCCAAAAUCCCGACCGCAAGGCGAAGGACAAGGCACAACCACCUGGUACGGAGGUGUGCAACGUGUGCCAAGCAACGUUUUCCUCACGCUCCAAGUUGUUUGUGCAUGUUCGCGAGAAAAACCAUGCCUUGGCAGCAGCGCCAUCCACAAAACGGUCAGGAGGCAAGAAGAAGUAGAAUGUGGGUAUUACAUUGCUUGUGCGGAUUGA